AAAAAUGUAAUAAUGAUGGAUUUUCUUAUCAUUUUUCUUUUACUUUUUAUUGGAACUUCAGAGACCCAGGUUGAUGUUUCCAAUGCGGUUCCUGGUACUAGGUACGAUGUAACUAUCUCUUCUAUUUCUGCUACCACAUACAGCUCACCUGUUAGUAGAACAGUGACAACGAAUGUAACAAAACCAGGACCUCCAGUCUUCCUAGCAGGAGAAAGAGUUGGAUCUGCUGGGAUUCUUCUGUCUUGGAAUACACCACCUAAUCCAAAUGGAAGGAUUAUAUCUUACAUUGUGAAAUAUAAGGAGGUUUGUCCAUGGAUGCAAACAGAAUACACACAAGUUAGAACAAAGCCAGAUAGUCUGGAAGUUCUUCUUACUAAUCUUAAUCCUGGAACAACAUAUGAAAUCAAGGUUGCUGCUGAAAACAGUGCUGGUAUUGGAGUGUUUAGUGACCCAUUUCUUUUCCAAACUGCAGAAAGUGCUCCAGGAAAAGUGGUGAAUCUCACAGUUGAGGCCUUUAACUAUUCUGCAGUAAACCUGAUUUGGUAUUUACCUUGGCAACCAAAUGGCAAAAUAACCAGCUUCAAGAUUAGUGUCAAGCAUGCCAGAAGUGGGAUAGUAGUGGAAGAUGUCUCCAUCAGAGUAGAAGACAUUUUGACUGGGAAAUUGCCAGAAUGUAAUGAGAAUAAUGAAUCUUUUUUAUGGAGUACAACCAGCCCUUCUCCAACCCUUGGUAGAGUUACACCUCCAUCACGUACCACAUAUUCAAGCACGUUGGCAAGGAGUGAGAUAAGCUCUGUGUGGAAAGAGCCUAUAAGUUUCGUAGUGACACGUUUGAGACCUUAUACAACGUAUCUUUUUGAAGUUUCUGCUGUUACAACUGAAGCAGGUUAUAUUGAUAGUACCAUUGUCAGGACACCAGAAUCAGUGCCUGAAGGACCACCACAAAAUUGUGUAACAGGCAACAUUACAGGGAAGUCCUUUUCAAUUUCAUGGGACCCACCAAAUGUGGUAACAGGGAAAUUUAGUUAUAGAGUUGAAUUAUAUGGACCAUCAGGUCAGAUUUUGGAUAAUAGCACAAAAGACCUCAAGUUUGCAUUCACUAACCUAACACCAUUUACAGUAUAUGAUGUAUAUGUUGCCGCUGAGACCAGUGCAGGAAUUGGACCCAAAUCAAAUAUUUCAGUAUUCACUCCUCCAGAAGUUCCAGGUCCAAUAUUUGAUUUACAACUUGCAGAAGUAGAAGCCACACAAAUAAGAAUUACUUGGAAGAAACCACGACAACCAAAUGGAAUCAUUAACCAAUACCGAGUCAAAGUGCUAGUUUCAGAGACAGGAGUAAUUCUGGAAAAUACUUUGCUCACAGGAAAAGAUGAGUAUGUAGAUGCCCCCAUGACUCCAGAAACUGUAAACAUAGUAGAGUCAAUGGCAGAAUUAUUUGAGGGUUCAGCAGAGAUAUCUUCAGACCUGUACUCGCUUGCUUCAGCUAUAUAUAACAGUCAUCCCCAUAAUAACUUUCCUGUGAGAAACAGAGCUGAAGACCAGCAUUCAGCAGUUGGAACAAGGAAUCUGUAUAUCACUGACAUUGCUGCUGAACAGCUGUCUUACGUUAUCAGGAGACUUGUACCUUUCACUGAGCACAUGAUUAGUGUAUCUGCUUUCACCAUCAUGGGAGAAGGACCACCAACGGUUCUCAAUGUCAGGACACAUGAGCAAGUGCCAAGCUCCAUUCAAAUUAUAAACUAUAAAAAUAUUAGUUCUUCAUCUAUUUUGUUGUAUUGGGAUCCUCCAGAAUAUCCCAAUGGAAAAAUAACUCAUUAUACAAUUUAUGCAAUGGAACUGGAUACAAACAGAGCAUUCCAGAUGACUACUACAGAUAACAGCUUUCUCAUAACAGGGUUAAAGAAAUACACAAAAUAUAAAAUGAGAGUGGCUGCCUCAACCCAUGUUGGAGAAAGUUCUUUGUCUGAAGAAAAUGACAUCUUUGUAAGAACUCCAGAAGAUGAACCAGAAUCACCACCUCAAGAUGUGGAAGUUAUUGAUGUUACUGCAAGUGAGAUAAAUUUGAAGUGGUCACCACCUGAGAAACCCAAUGGGAUUAUUGUUGCUUAUGAAGUGCUGUAUAAAAAUAUGGAUACCUUGUUUAUGAAGAACACCUCAACCACAAACAUAAUUUUAAGGGACUUAAAACCUUACACCCUCUACAACAUUUCUGUCCGGUCAUAUACCAGGUUUGGUCAUGGCAAUCAGUUAUCUUCUUUACUCUCUGUAAGAACUUCUGAGACUGUGCCUGAUAGUGCACCAGAAAAUAUUACUUACAAAAACAUAUCUUCUGGAGAGAUUGAGCUAUCAUUCCUUCCCCCAAGUAGUCCUAAUGGAAUCAUACAAAAAUAUACAAUUUAUCUCAGGAGAAGUAGUGAAAAUGAGGAAAGAACUAUAAAUACAACCUCUUUGACCCAAAGCAUUAAAGGACUGAAGAAAUAUACCCAAUACAAGAUCGAGGUGUCUGCUAGUACACUCAGGGGUGAAGGAGUGCGGAGUAAGCCCCUAAAUGUACUGACUGAAGAAGAUGCUCCUGAUUCUCCCCCCCAAGACUUCUCUGUAAAACAGUUGUCUGGUGUCACGGUGAAGUUGUCAUGGCAACCACCCCUGGAGCCAAAUGGAAUUAUCCUCUAUUACACAGUUUAUGUCUGGGAUAGAUCGUCAUUAAAAACUAUCAAUGUAACUGAAGCAUCACUAGAGUUCUCAGAUUUGGACUAUGAUGUUGAAUAUAAUGCUUAUGUAACAGCUAGCACCAGGUUUGGUGAUGGGAAAAUGAGAAGCAGUAUCAUUAACUUUCGAACACCCGAGGGAGCACCAAGUGAUCCUCCCAAAGAUGUUCAUUAUGCAAAUCUCAGUUCUUCAUCAAUAAUGCUCUUUUGGAUGCCUCCUUCAAAACCUAAUGGGAUUAUACAAUAUUAUUCUGUUUAUUACAGAAAUACUUCGGGUACUUUUGUGCAGAAUUUUACACUCGAUGAAGUAACCAAUGACUUUGACAAUAUGACCGUAUCUGCAAUAAUAGAUAAACUGGCAAUAUUCAGCUACUAUACACUUUGGGUAACAGCGAGUACUUCAGUUGGAAAUGGGAAUAAAAGCAGUGACAUAGUUGAAGUAUAUACAGAUCAAGACAUACCUGAAGGGUUUGUUGGAAACCUAACUUACGAGUCCAUUUCGUCAACUGCAAUAAAUGUAAGCUGGAGCCCACCAUCUCAACCAAAUGGUCUAGUCUUCUACUAUGUUUCUCUGAGCUUACAGCAGACUCCUCGCCACGUGAGACCACUUCUCGUUACGUAUGAGAGAAGCAUGUAUUUUGAUAAUCUGGAAAAAUAUGCUGAUUACAUAUUAAAAAUCACUCCAUCAACAGAAAAGGGAUUCUCUGAUACCUAUACUGCCCAGCUACACAUCAAAACUGAGGAAGAUGUCCCAGAAACUUCACCAAUAAUCAACACUUUUAAAAACCUUUCCUCUACCUCAGUUCUUUUAUCCUGGGAUCCCCCAGUAAAGCCAAAUGGUGCAAUAAUAAGUUAUGAUUUAACUUUACAAGGACCAAAUGAAAAUUAUUCUUUCAUUACCUCUGAUAACUAUCUAAUAUUGGAAGAGCUUUCACCAUUUACAUUAUAUAGUUUUUUUGCUGCUGCAAGAACUGUAAAAGGACUUGGUCCUUCCAGUACUCUUUUCUUUUACACAGAUGAGUCAGUGCCUUUAGCACCUCCUCAAAAUUUGACUUUAAUCAACUAUACUUCAGACUUUGUAUGGCUGAAAUGGAACCCAAGUCCUGUUCCAGGCGGUCUUGUUAAAAUAUAUAGUUUAAAAAUUCAUGAACAUGAAACUGAUACUGUAUUUUAUAAGAAUAUUUCAGGUGUUCAAACUGAAGCCCAACUUUUUGGACUGGAACCAGUCAGCACUUAUUCUAUCAGCGUAUCUGCCUUUACAAAAGUCGGAAAUGGCAAUCAAUUUAGUAAUGUAGUAAAAUUCACAACUCAAGAAUCAGUUCCAGAUGUUGUACAGAACAUACAGUGUAUGGCAACUAGCUGGCGGUCAGCUUUAGUGAAGUGGGAUCCACCAAAAAAGGCAAAUGGAAUAAUUACACAUUAUCUGGUAACAGUUGAAAGGAAUUCUACAAAAGUCUCUCCCCAAAAUCAUAUGUAUACUUUCAUGAAACUUCUUGCCAAUACCUCAUAUGUCUUUAAAAUAAGAGCUUCAACCUCAGCAGGUGAAGGUGAUGAAAAAACAUGCAACAUCAGCACACUACCUGAAGCAGUUCCCAGUGUUCCCACAAAUAUUACUUUUUCUAAUGUUCAGGCCACUAGUGCAACAUUAACAUGGAUGAGACCUGACACUAUUUUUGGCUACUUCCAAAAUUACAAGAUAACCACUCAACUGCGGGCUCAGAAAUGCCUAGAAUGGGAUUCUGAAGAAUGUGUUGAAUAUCAAAAAAUUCAAUACCUUUAUGAAGCUGACCUAACUGAAGAGACAGUGUAUGGAUUAAAGAAAUUUAGAUGGUACAGAUUCCAAGUGGCUGCUAGCACCAAUGCUGGCUAUGGAGAUGCUUCAAAUUGGAUAUCUACACAAACCCUUUCUGGUCCUCCAGAUGGUCCUCCUGAAAGUGUGUAUGUAGUAGCAACAUCACCUUUUAGCAUCAACAUCAGCUGGAGUGAACCUGCCACCAUUACUGGACCAACAUUCUAUCUAAUUGAUGUCAAAUCGGUAGAUAGUGAUGAAUUUAAUGUUUCCUUCAUCAAGUCAAAUGAGGAAAAUAAGACCAUAGAAAUUAAAGAUUUGAAAAUAUUCACAAGGUAUUCUGUGAUGAUCACAGCAUUCACUGGAGACUUGAGUACUGCAUAUGUAGAUGGAAAGUCAAGUGCUGAAAUGAUUGUUACUACUUUAGAAUCAGUUCCCAAGGAUCCACCUAACAACAUGACAUUUCAGAAGAUACCAGACGAAGUUACAAAAUUUCAGUUAACAUUUCUUCCUCCUUCUCAACCCAAUGGAAAUAUUCAAGUUUACCAAGCUCUGGUUUACCGAGAAGAUGAUCCUACUGCUGUCCAGAUUCACAACCUCAGUAUUAUCCAGAAAACUGACACAUCUGUCAUUGCGAUGUUAGAAGGACUAAAAGGUGGACAUACAUAUAACAUCAGUGUUUAUGCAAUCAACAGUGCUGGCGCAGGGCCAAAGGUUCAGAUGAGAAUAACUAUGGACAUUAAAGCUCCAGCACGACCGAAAACCAAACCAAUCCCUAUUUAUGAUGCCACAGGAAAAUUGCUUGUGACUUCAACAACAAUUACAAUCAGAAUGCCAAUAUGUUACUACAAUGAUGAUCAUGGACCAAUCAAAAAUGUACAAGUGCUUGUAACAGAAGCAGGAGCUCAGCAUGAUGGAAAUGUAACAAAGUGGUAUGAUGCAUAUUUUAAUAAACCAAGGCCAUAUUUUACAAAUGAAGGCUUUCCUAACCCCCCAUGCAUGGAGGGAAAGACAAAGUUCAGUGGCAAUGAAGAAAUCUACAUCAUUGGUGCUGAUAAUGCAUGUAUGAUUCCUGGCAAUGAAGAUAGAAUUUGCAAUGGGCCUCUGAAACCAAAAAAACAAUACUUAUUUAAAUUUAGAGCCACAAAUGUUAUGGGACAAUUUACUGAUUCUGAUUAUUCUGAUCCUGUUAAGACUUUAGGUGAAGGACUUUCUGAAAGAAGUGUAGAAAUUAUUCUUUCUGUCACUUUGUGUAUCCUGUCAAUCAUUCUUCUUGGAACAGCUAUUUUUGCAUUUGCAAGAAUUCGACAGAAGCAGAAAGAAGGUGGCACGUACUCUCCUCGAGAUGCAGAAAUUAUUGACACUAAAUUCAAGCUGGAUCAGCUCAUCACUGUGGCAGAUCUGGAACUGAAGGACGAGAGAUUAACGCGAUAUUCUUCAUUUUUCUUUAGACGCAAGGAGAUUUUUGUCAUCCAGCCGGUAAGCAAGAAAUCCUUCCUGCAACAUGUUGAAGAGCUUUGCACAAACAACAACCUAAAGUUUCAAGAAGAAUUUUCGGAACUACCAAAAUUCCUUCAGGAUCUUUCUUCAACUGAUGCCGAUCUGCCUUGGAACAGAGCAAAAAACCGCUUUCCAAACAUAAAACCAUAUAAUAACAACAGAGUGAAGCUGAUAGCUGAUGCUAGCAUUCCAGGAUCAGAUUAUAUCAAUGCCAGCUAUGUUUCUGGAUACUUAUGUCCAAAUGAAUUUAUUGCCACUCAAGGUCCAUUACCAGGAACAGUUGGGGAUUUUUGGAGAAUGGUAUGGGAAACCAGAGCGAAAACAUUAGUAAUGCUAACACAGUGUUUUGAAAAAGGACGGAUCAGAUGCCAUCAGUAUUGGCCAGAGGACAACAAGCCAGUUACCGUCUUUGGAGAUAUAGUGAUUACAAAGCUAAUGGAGGAUGUUCAAAUAGAUUGGACCAUCAGGGAUCUGAAAAUUGAAAGGCAUGGAGAUUGCAUGACUGUUCGACAGUGUAACUUUACUGCUUGGCCUGAGCAUGGGGUCCCUGAAAACAGUGCCCCUCUGGUUCACUUUGUAAAACUGGUUCGAGCAAGCAGAGCCCAUGACACCACACCUAUGAUUGUUCACUGCAGUGCUGGAGUUGGAAGGACUGGAGUUUUUAUUGCUCUGGAUCACUUAACACAACAUAUAAAUGAUCACGAUUUUGUGGAUAUAUAUGGAUUGGUAGCUGAACUGAGAAGUGAGAGAAUGUGCAUGGUACAGAACCUGGCACAGUAUAUCUUUUUAUACCAGUGCAUUCUGGAUCUCUUAUCAAGUAAAGGAAGUAAUCAGCCCAUCUGUUUUGUUAACUAUUCAGCACUUCAGAAGAUGGACUCUUUGGAUGCCAUGGAAGGUGAUGUGGAGCUUGAAUGGGAAGAAACCACCAUGUAAAUAUCCAGACCAAAGAUUACAACUGGAAGAUAUUUUCAAAUCCCAAGGGCCAAAGUUUCCCCCUCACUCUUCUGAAUUGAAAUGUGCAACUGUAAAGAAAUCUGUUUCUGCUACUGUGCCUUUACUAAAUGGAUUGACAUUUUAGGAAUAGUCCUAGGACAUAGCUAAUUCAGGAUAGCUAUUUGUUUUAUACAGAAUUGUUAUGCACUUAAAAUGUUUAAGAAAAGAUAUCCCAGAGAUUUUUGAAGUCUUCCGUAACUUUGGAAUGAGCCAAAUAGAAAAUUAUCAUUAUAUUAGCAUUAAUCUUUCCGGGUAAAUUUUCCCCACAUAUUGGAUUGAAUCUUGAACAAAAGUUGUAAAUAUUGAUUCGGUGAUGUUAUUUUGGCCUCCGUGGUGUUAACGUUUCUUGUGGAUAACUUCCAGGACUGUCAUAAUGAUCUGUACUUCCAUGUACACUCCUGUGUUUUUGAAUCCUCUCUUUUAUGAGUGCUGAGAUAUCAUCUCAUGAUCUCCAACAGCUGAACUGUAACCCCUUGACACUGCCCGGAUUACUUAGCCUUUAUACAACACACAGUAGCUCUUCGGGGACACUAAGGGCUAUUUCAGUUGCAUUGUGAUCUUUAGUUUGAAAACCAACAAGAAACGAAACAGUGCGAUUGCUCAUAGGAAGCUGUGAAGUACAUUUGUACUGUCUACAUCUGUACCUUUUUCAGGACAAGUUGUACCACUCUGUUGUAUAAUUAAAUACAUGGCUAAAUGUAUCAGAGUAUUUGUACUUUAGAUGUCUAUUCAACCUGAUAUUAAUAGUUUUGAAAAGUCUCUCCAGCAGAAAUGUAUGAUGUAUGGCAAACUUGUAAACUGAUGAUGUGCUGCUGUGGUGCCAACAGAAACUUCUGAAUAGAUUACAUAAAAGGAUCUUCUUUCAUCUCCGAAGGUAGAUCAUUGAGGAGGAUAUUUGGUGAAACUGCAAACAAAGAAAUUAGCCAGCUUGUAGCAAAUUAGAGAUUUUUAUUAACACAUUUCAACCUCCUUUUUGUUAGAUAGUGACAAUGUUAGAUAAGUUUUGAACUAUAUGAAAUUAUUUUGUCAUAGAUUUCAAUUAAGGAUCAUAUAAUGAACUAGUAUCAAUUAUUCUAUUUCCUCUAUGAUAAGAAUUAUACCUUAUGCUUAUUUCUGGUGGCAUAUACAUAUAGAAAAUGUGAUGGCCAAUAAAAUUAAAUUUUAAGGCA